GUUGAAAGAAAACAAUCAUUAUUAAAACCUCACGUAUUGUGAUCACGUUUACUGAUAGAUAUGGAUUUGACACUAGUCAGUAAAGAGGGUUCAUUCCUAAAGUAUUUACGUGGCCAGAGCAAGGUUAUGAGAAAAUUGAAUAUUUAAUAAUUGUUAAUUUUGCGGCAAUCGAAUUAUAAUAAGGACAAUGCGAAAUUUUGUGAGCGAUAUUGUAAUUUGCUUAUUGCUACUACUUUCGGUGAGCCUUGUCUUUGGAGUUAGCGAAGUCAUUAAGUCUCUUGUGAAUAACGGAGACACAUUUUUAAGGUCUUCCUCCUAUAAUUGGAUUAUUCGAUUAUGUUUAAAUUUAUUAAGUUAUGCCACUGUAUUAUUGCCGGGUUACCUUAUCUAUAAAUAUGUGCGUCGUACCAAAUAUAUUCAAAGAGGAGGUAAAGGAUGUAUUCCCAGGUUGGUACAUUCGUGUUUUGUGGGUCACUGUGAAACAGGACUUCUGGACUCUUCUUACACAACUACACCAUCUAAUCAUAAUCAGCGUACUUUAGUUCAGGAAGCUUUACUACUCCUAUAUUGCUUCUUCGGAUUGCUAGUCAGUUUUUUAACAUGGGGUUAUUUACAAGAGAAGAUAAUAACCCAAGAGUAUGUGAAUGCUGCUGGUAACAAAGAUCGUUUCCAAGAUUCUCAAUUUCUAGUGUUUGUAAAUCGGAUUCUUGCAUUUUUAAUGUCAGGAUUAUAUUUGAUAGUUCAAAGGCAACCUCAGCAUAAAGCACCUCUUUACAAAUAUGCAUUUUGCUCUUUGUCAAAUAUCAUGAGCAGUUGGUGUCAAUACGAGGCUUUAAAAUUUGUUAGCUUUCCAACACAGGUAUUGGCAAAAGCUUCUAAAAUCAUUCCAGUGAUGAUAAUGGGAAAGAUAAUUUCGCAUACCACCUACGAGUAUUACGAAUACGUUACAGCUAUACUUAUUUGUAUCGGAAUGACUCUAUUCAUGUUAGAUAAUUCUGAUUACAGAAACGGCGGAGCUACUACUGUUUCUGGUACUACUCUUUUAGGAGGCUACUUACUGUUAGAUAGUUUUACAAGUACUUGGCAAAAUGCGUUAUUCGUGGAAUAUGGCGCAACAAGUGUACAAAUGAUGUGUGUAGUUAAUAUGUUUUCCUGUUUAUUAACUGCCAUGUCCUUAUUUCAGCAGUCAAGUUUUCCUCUCAUACUUUCUUUCAUGUCAAAGUAUCCUGGAUUCAUUAUGGACUGUUUACUCAUGUCGAUUUGUUCCGCAAGUGGUCAGUUAUAUAUUUUUUAUACAAUUUCUAAAUUUGGGCCAGUAACAUUUGUGAUUAUGAUGACUCUUCGACAGGGUUUGGCUAUAUUGUUGUCCUGUUUAAUAUAUCAUCAUCGCGUAACAGCUAUUGGUAUAUUAGGUGUAUUGUUAGUAUUUGGUUCAGUGUUUUUACGGAUAUAUUGUAACAAUCGACUGCGUGCUAUUAGAAGACGUAGAGCUGCGGCAAAUAGUAUAAAAGAUUAAUUACAAAACUGAAAAGUAUAGGUGCAAAUUCCGUAAGACUUGUAUAUUUUUUUUUGUUUUUUUUUUUUUAUAUACGAAAUAUUUUUGACUUCAAGUCAUUAAUCAUUUUUAUAAAAGUAUUAAUAAUGUUGUUUCUACGUUUGUUUUUAUACGUACUUUAU